AUCGACCAGACCGUUUGAGCGACCACGAUGAGCCCUGCGCUGGUGUUCAUCGAACAGAAUGCGGCCGGGAUAGGCAAGUCGGAUCGUCGUGCCCUUCGUUCUCAUGUUAUGAGGGGCAAGAAUGCCGGCAGACCACGGCCCUCGACGAGAAAACAGACAAACAAUGUUCCCAUCAAGCGUCAGCUGAAGAUACCGCGACGGGUCUUCUGGAAUGACUUCUGUCUAACAUCAUUCCCGCAAGAGCUCGAUCCUGACUCCACUAGGCUCAUGCAUCGGUGUAUGGCUCACCCAAGCCCCUACCGCCACCCUAGCCUCUAUCCCGAAGCUUCUCUAACUUGCUUGCUUCCUCCAGGGUUCCUUGACAUCAGUGACACGCUGUUUCCUCCUCAAUUCUGCUAUAAGUUCGACAUUUUGAAAUCGAUCUGGGUCAACUGCAUACUGGUAGAUGAAGCAUACUUUCAUUCGACCUUGGCCGUGUCGGCAUCCUACGUUGACUUCUUUGAGAGAAAACCUACCACGUCGUCGAAGACUUUGCAUCACAUAUGUCAGGCUUAUUCGUUGGUCAAUCUCAAGCUUUCAGGCCCCCAUGCCAUAUCGGAUAGCGCCAUUGCUGCCGUCGUCACCCUCGCCAUCUACCAGCAGAUACACCAGCAACACUCCACCGGUCUCGUACACCUGAAAGGGCUCCAUCUCAUGAUUGAGUUGCGCGGGGGUAUCGCCAGAUUGAUGAAGGAGAACCGCCCCUUAGCCCUCAAGCCACUCAGGCUCGAUAUUGAAUUGGCUAUGCAAAAUGGGUCACCCACGAUUUUUGAUAGUCGAGACGUCCCCGUAACAACUGUCUUGUGCGACUCUACCACCGUCAAAGAACAGCUUUCUGCCUGUACUCCCGGGUUGCCCCGCAUCAUGCUAGAUCUCAUCGUUUUCGCUGGCAUCCUCAAUGACAGGGUGAAGAACGGACGAUCUAAGCUCAACCCUCUAGACUACACAGAAACGCUCAUAUCACUCCUUUACCGUCUCUUGGAAGGUGAACCCUUCAGUCAACCUCUACUUGCUUCGGAAGGUCUCUAUGACGACGCAGCCCGUCUCGCCAUGCUGGCAUUUAUGACCGGCCUGCUUCCCAACUACUGCAGUGAUAACUUUAGUUCGUCACUUCUAUGCACUCGUCUAGUUGAAGCUGUUCGAGAGCUCCAUUCGACGCAAGCAGAAGUGCGAGCCGGUGAUGUUUCACUGCUAUUGUGGAUUCUUUUUAUGAGCGGUAUCUCAGUCCUGAAAGUUAAUGACCACAGCUGGCUGUUAUUUGCCAUCGCGGAGACUUGCGAUCGUGCAGACCUGCGUGACUGGGCAACCGUUCAUCACCAUCUCAGUGGGUUUCCGUGGAUAUACACGCUGCAUGAUGCCCCCGCGCGGUGUGUAUGGGAGGAAGUUCAUCGUGUGAAGUUGGAGGAUUGUGGCAACGCUAUUUCACCACCCGAAGAAUCGACUCAACGCGGGCUUUGAAAACUACAUGUAGUUAUUCGUUAUUCGGAACCUAGCUGAAGAUUCCUAGGCGGAGAGAUACCGCGCUUUAUGGUACAACUCGGGAGAAAUAUAAGACUUGAUAUCCGGCUCAC